UUAUUUGAAGGUUCCCUUUUCACCCUCCAUAUAUUAUAGAUAUGUGAGGAGAGUGCCUCUGCAAAUGUGUGUGUGUGUGUGUGUGUGUGUGUGUGGAGAGAGAGAUGAGCAGGAAGAGAGUGUUGGUAGUGGGAGGAACAGGCUACUUGGGUCAGCAUCUAUUGCAAGACUUAUCAGACCCCCAAGGAACAACGCUCUACGAUCUAGCAUUCACAUACAACGCCAACCCUCCUCCCAAGCCUUUGCUCGAUGCCAUUCCCCAUGCCCUCUCUUUCCGCCUAGAUUUACGGACUGGGCAUGGGUUCGAUGCCAUUUCACGAACAUUUGGCCAGCCUCAUGUGGUGGUCAAUUGUGCCGCACUCUCUGUACCUCGUGCCUGUGAGAUGGAUCCUGCAGCUGCCUUGUCUAUUAAUGUGCCUUCUGCUCUUGUAAAAUGGUUAUCAAGCUUUCAGAGGAAUACUUUUCUGAUUCAUCUAUCAACUGAUCAAGUUUAUGAAGGGACAAAGAUCUUCUACAAGGAAGAGGAUGAAACUGUUCCUGUGAAUGUUUAUGGAAAAUCCAAAGUGGCAGCAGAGCAAUUUAUUUCUGCAAACUGCUCUAAUUUUGCAAUUUUAAGAAGCAGUAUCAUAUUUGGGCCACAGUCUGUCUCACCUGUUCCAAAGUCGCUUCCCAUUCAGUGGAUGGACAACGUCCUCGCUAAAGGAGAUAAAGUGGAGUUCUUUCAUGACGAGUUCCGUUGUCCAGUCUAUGUCAAGGAUGUUGUGACUAUCAUACGAACAUUGGCUAACAGAUGGAUCUCAGAGGAUAAGCAAAUGCAAUUGCUUUUAAAUGUUGGAGGGCCAGACAGAGUGUCCCGUGUUCAGAUGGCCGAGGCUGUGGCACUUAUUAGAGGUUACGAUACCUCAUUAAUCAAACCAGUCUCUGCAUCAUCAAUUGAUCGUGGUGUAAAGUCCCCAUCUGAUAUAUCCAUGGAUAUCACUAAACUGGUUAAAACGCUAGAUUCUUCUCCUAUUUCAUUUAGAGAUGGUGUCAGAUUGACGCUUGCAACUGAACCUAGUUCUUGAUGGUGUAAAACUCUCAUUCUUGUAUAUUGCUCGCUCCCUCAUCGUCGCAGUGUUCCAUGUCAGGCCAGUAAUGUUGAGUCACAACUGUAUCACCAUGUUUGAUUACUUGUAUAAUUGAUGGACUUUAGUUCCAUAAAAGAGAGAGAGAAGUUUUGGUGCUUGCAUUGUGGAGCUUAAUAUGUAAACGCAUUCCCAACAAAUAAGAUGUUGAAAAACAUCAUGAUAUUUUUUGCCAAGUAAUUUUUUUAGAGAACUAGCUGGUUGUAAA